CAGCAUUAAAAGCCGCCAUUUGUCAUUUUUUGGCAUGCGCGUAAGGGGAUUCAACGAAAAUCGUGCUCGUGAGUGUUUUUCCAGUAAUAAAAGUAAACUUGAAACUUUGUGAAUCGUGCAAAACUUGUGUUGCUCUGUGAAAUAUCAGUGUUGUUCUUUUAAUUGUGCCUGUGAACUGGGAAACGGUCAAGAUGAAUAAAACUUGUGCAAGGUGUGAGAAAACAGUUUAUCCUACUGAGGAAUUAAAAUGUUUAGACAAGGUGUGGCACAAGGGCUGCUUCAAAUGUCAGGAGUGCGGCAUGACACUGAACAUGCGCACGUACAAGGGCUACGGAAAGCUGCCGUACUGCGAAGCACACGUGCCAAAAGCGAAGCACACCACCAUGGCGGAGACGCCGGAGCUGAAGCGCAUCGCGGAAAACACCAAGUUACAGAGCAACGUCAAGUACCACGCAGACUUCGAGAAGAGCAAGGGCAAAUUCACACAGGUGGCCGAUGACCCGGAGACGCUGCGCAUCAAGGCCAACACCAAGAUCAUCAGCAACGUGGCCUACCACGGAGACCUCGAGAAGAAAGCGCAGAUGGAGAAGCAGAGACAGAUCAACGAGAACGGCGAGAUUGUGGAGUUGCCAAGCGACAACUAUCAUCAACAAAUCGAGAGUUACGCUACGGAAAUGUUGCCGCCCGCAGUACCCCCGCCCCAUCUACCGCCCAAAAACCACUAUCAGACCCCCAACACUCAAUACCAACCGCAAAACACUCAACACCAUCAACAAAACACUCAAUACCAACCGCAAAACACUCAACAACAUCAACAAAACACUCAUCCUCAACCGCAACACACUCAACAGCAACAAAACACUCAGUAUCACCAACAGAACACUCAACACCAACCGCAGAACACUCAGCACUAUCAACAAAACACUCAGUACACCCCGCAAAACGCGCAAUACCAAAACUCUCAUCACCCCCAGAACUCGCAGUAUCAUCAUCACAACCAAAACACUCUAGAGAACACUCAACAUCGCCCCCAAAACACUCAGUACCAACAACAGUACGGGCAGAAUUACCAGCAGGAGAGGUAUCCUACCGAUCAGUACAAAAAGUACGAGGAUUAUCAGUACCAAGGACAGUAUUACGGGGCGGGGUCCCAAGCUAGGAUCGGAAGGAUUCAAGAUUAUGAUCCGUUGAGCGAUGGCCCGAGAGCUGUGCCCAAUACUCAGCGCGCGUCAGCUACGCUGAUCUACAACAGCACCAACGAUGGCAGCAGAGGGUCCCAACAAUCACAAGCCGCGGCACGCCCCAUCGGCCGCGUCACCGACCUCGACCCGCUCGCCAACGCCAACACCAACACCAACGCCAACACCAACACACACGCCAACACCAACGCCAAUACCACCGCCAAUAUCAACCUUAACGCGCAAAACGUUUAUAUUGCGAUGUACGAUUACGAAGCUACGGACAGCGAUGAGGUAUCGUUUCGCGAGGGCGAUUACAUCUGUAACGCGAGUUGUAUAGACGAGGGCUGGAUGACCGGACAGGUGGUGCGCACCGGCCGCGCCGGCAUGCUGCCCGCCAACUAUGUCGAGCCCAUACACAGGCACUAACUCUUACCGUUUCAUUACAAACGCGAUGUGUACACAAUCUUACAUAUAUUAACUUGUUCCAUUAUAAACGCGAUGUGUACACG